GAGAAAUGAUGUCAUUUUUAAUUAAUAAGCGGUACUCUUCAACUAAAGCGCACCCACAAUAAAGUUCAAGAAGAGAGUUUGCUGCUAUAGUGCUAGUGCUGGUCUACCUCAUCUGUGAGAGUUUGGAGAUGUCUCAGCAAAAGUCAGAGUCAAAGAGGGAAGAGUUUCGACGCUACCUGGAGGGUACUGGAGUGUUGGACGCACUCACUAAAGUGCUCGUGGGCCUGUACGAGGAACCAGACAAGCCCUCAGAUGCCUUGGAUUUUGUGAAGCAUCAUCUCCAUGGAGGACCACUGGAAAGUAUCGAUGCUGAGGCACUAAAGAAAGAAAACGAAGAGCUUCAGCAGAGAAACAGGGAGCUGGAAGAGCAAGUCGCCCAACUCCAGACGGCUCUAUCCAAGUACGAAUCAGAGUCAACUGAAACUGUGGCCAGCUAAAGACUCUAGAACACUACUAGCAAGGACUUGAUAAUUAAUGUUACAAGCACAAUCCUCAUGCAUGAGUACAAUAUCUGUCUAAUUGUGUGCAAAUGUUCUCAUUAUCACCUAAUUGAGUAUGACCUGUCUCUGUCUCUUG